AUGGAUAUUGAGGUCCCCGAUGCGGGCGAGGAGAUCCCCCUUCCCCCCGGCGGCCCCUACUCUCUCUUCCCCCCCGGAUACCCAGCCCCUCCCUCUGGGACAGGCGAAUUUUUCCCUCUACCCCCCGGUUUCGCCCCCGAUUCCAUAGAGGGCAGCGAGGAAUACGAAGAUGCAGGAAACACCGCAGGCGAAGCCCCCGCCUCCCGUACCGCCUCCCCCGCACCUGCGGGCCCCGCGGUACUCGAAGAAGCCUCGGAAGCAGCGGACCAGCUACUCCCGACACCGACAACGCGGCCCUUCUCGCCCGUGUCGCCCGCUGCCCCGUUCGAGACCCCUAUGGACCAGCUACAAAAUGAUACCAUUGUAGUUGCCCAUAUGAUGGAAACCGACUUGGGGUCAGCGGGCCUGAAGGCGUGGAUGGCCGCCUACGUCCGACUCACGUCCCACCAGCUCGGGAUAGAGACUGAGCUGCACCCGGAGGACGCCCAUUUUUUGGAGUUCCUGCGGAACCACCCCGAGGCACUCAGGCCCCCCAAAAGGCCCCGAGAGAGCCCCCAAGACUCACAGGAGCCCACAAAGAGGCCCUGCAAUAAGAUCACCCCACCCAGAGAUCCCAGGCUACGCCGCAGACGCUCAAGAGGAGCCACCGCAGCAACAGGAAGCCCCCCCUCACAGGAGGAGCCCCAACCACAACGCCCCAAGAAGAAGAGGCAGAAGCAGCCCCCCAAACUUCAGGAGCCGACAACUACCCCUGCCACUACAGAGUCACAACCGAGAGAGAAGGCGCAGGGCCUCACGCAAGAGAAGCCCUCCCUCCCCUCCUCACAACAGGCCGCCAGUGAAGAGACGGCCACAAUGAUACAGGACUCCACUCCCGAGCCCCCACCAUCAUCUUCAACAGAAAAGAAGACACCCACUUACGCAGCAACGGCAUCACAGCCCACCCAAAGGAAGCCCGAGGAUGCCCCCGCUGCGCAGCAACAAACUCAGCAAACGCCGCCCAAGAAGAAAAACAAAUACCCCAGCAUCGUGGCGCCGGUGCUGCCAAACUGGGCGGCGAUGACGAGAAAGAUAGCCACUAAACUGGGCCAAGCCGUCAACGCCAAGCCGGUGGGGCGCGGGCUACGAUUCGAGCCCAGAUCAGAGGAAGAAUACAAGGCGGUCUACGACCACCUCGACCAGCUAGAAAACGACGACGUCGAAUGGAUAGAAGCGUGGAGAGGAAAGUCUGGCCCCCCGCAAUGCCACAGAUGCCAGGGGUUCAGACACCACUCCAAGGGGUGCCAUAGGCCGCAGAAAUGCGUCCGAUGCGCAGGAUCCCAAUGCCCCCGGCCAAAGGAGGAACCCUGCACGUGCGCCAACUGCGCGGGGCCCCACUCGGCCAACUAUAGAAGAUGCCCAGUAUACGUGCGGGAGGCCCGAAAUUGGAAGGCGGGCACAAACGCGCAUACAAUACCCAAGAAGGCGGGCCCGGUGACAAAGGCCAGCAUAGUCAAGCCCACUGUGGAGGAGUCGGCGCCUGCCUCACUUAUGGCGCCGGCCAACGCCCCCACCCAAAGGGGUACAAGCCAGCCUACAGUCGCCAAGCCAACCAAAAAGAAGAAGAAGAAGAAGACGCCCAUCCCAACCACCGACGCCACAGCAAAAGCCCCACCCCCAACCGCGGCCCCAACUCAGGCGACAGGGGGAGAAGAACUGGCAGCAAUGAUAGUUGCCUUGUUUGAAGCAGCAGUCAACCACGGUCCUGAGGCGAUCCGGUACGCGCUAAAGAGUACACUAAAACCCCGCCAAGUUCAAUCAUAA